UGCUCGGUUGCUUAGCAACCACCGACUUAAAGGAGGAGAGGAUACAACGACAACUGAAGAGAAGUAUAAUACUUAGCGGCACUACACCUUUGAGCCAAGAUGCCUCGCACUGCAGCCAAGUCAAAAACUGUCCAUAAGACUCCCCCUCCAGUACAGGAGGAGGAAGUGGAAUACAUUAGCCCUGACUUAACUGAAGAUCAGUGGCCAGAUAUAUUGGAGACACAUGAGGUUGUGGGGGAAAUCAUGGAAGAUCUAAUGGGCAACGUCAUGAAAGGCUGUUUAAAGGUGGACAUUGACAGACAGCUAAUACGUUACACAACAUCCUGGGUCAAGAGCUUCAUCAUACAGACUUUAGAGCGCCAAAUCUUUUAUCCAGAUGAAGGGCCAGAGGACUUAUCUAAAACAGAAGACUCAGAGCCUACGCCAGCAGCACCAGAUGCCUGGGCUCAAGGAUGUGUGCCUGUUGUAAAAGCUUCCCCUAGACCUCAUAGCACCUCACAAAAGCUGUCUGAGGCUGACAUGGUCCCAGUACAAACAGAACUAAGCGUCAAUGACCUGUGUAAUGGUGAGACCCAAACUAAGAGCUCUCCAGAACAACCUAAAAAAGAAACGAGUCCCACGAAUCCAGCCAGUGGCAAACACUAUAAAGUGCUCAGUCCUUGCCCCCCACCACCAAAAACUGAUGUCAAGAGAAAGCAGCAGGUUAAUUUACUCCCCAAACCCAUUGCAGGUAAAGUCCUGCCACCCUUGCCUUACCCGACAGACACAAAAGACGUGGGAGUAGACAGAAAAAUGAUCAGGCAGAAGAAUUGCCAUCUCAUACCAAAGCUUGAUCCUCUCUGCUUGCCUCAACACUGCACUUUUCCUCAGUAUGAGAUUGUGGAUAGCAACUGUCCCAAACCAAACUCCAAGAAGAAACUAAGUGUACUACCCCGACUACAACCAAGAAAUAACAGCCAGCACACUGACUGUACAGUUACCUCACCUAAGCCACUAACCAGCUCGAAGGAACAUCUCAGAAGGUUUCGGGGCUCUUAUGUUGAUGAUGAUUGUGUGAAGAAAGUGUAUCAUUCUAGACAAACAAGAAGGUUGUCCAGCCCUGAUACAAUGCGCUUCUCCAAGGAUGUUUUCUUGGAUGUCCAGACAGUCGAAAUGAACCCUCUCAUAUUAGGCAAUCCUUCCCAGUCUGCCAAACUGACGCCUAUACGCAGUAAUCCAGCUGUGCCACUAUAUUCUGUUAAUCAGGUAACUACUGGUCCACCACCUAAGGUCACCCCACUGUUUCUGUCCAAAAGCCAUGACCUCUGAUUGAAAGACUUAGUGAUGAUGUAUGUCUGUAGUUGAGUGAACCAAGCAGUAUUGAGGGACACUGUAUCAUAUGAGUAUAGUACCUGAUCAAAUAGUAAUUUAUAUUAGUUAUCAUUUUGUGUAUUUACUGCUGACCAUAAGCCAAACUAUCCCCCACAGUGGCAUUAGAGCACGUCACUUAUUAUAUGUAAAAAGAAAGCCGCUCACAAAAUGAAAAGUUUAUAUUUCCAGGUUUGUUUCCAGUUUUGUAACCAUCCUUUUGAAUGUAUUUUUUUCCUCCUUUUUUUAUUGCUACACCGUAGGCCUUUGAGGAAGGUGUCAGAAGUGACAAUAAAGUUGACUUGACUUGACUGCUUGACUAGGUGCCAGUUUAUAAGGUAUACAGUACUGUCAGUUUUCCAUGUCAGAACAAUGAAAAAAUAAAUAAAUAAAAUAAAAAAAAUGUGUGAUGAUUUGUGAGCUGAAUCUGUGAAACAGUUUGCUGAAGGGAUGCCCAAGCAUAAAUAAAUUUAAAAAAUUGUACAAAAGUAGUGUUUUCAUGAAGUACAGGUACUGUAUGUACGUGUAAUAAUAAUAUUACAAUAAUUAUUACAAGAAUAUACUGUAUUUACUAAGGAAGCUGUAUAAACAAUAAAGUUCCUUAUCUAUAUGAGCUUCUUCUUCUUCUUCUUCUUCUUCUUCUUCUUCUUCUUCUUCUUCUUCUUCUUCAGCGUCUGCAGUAAGGGAACACACCGCCACCUACCGUGAACAGGAGC